GCCCUUUCCUUGCCCUCUCUCUCGCUGCCCGCGUCCUUGAGCGCGGGGUCACGCAGCGCGCCCUCCUCUUCCUGCCGGCCCUCCUCUUCCUGCCGGGGCCCUUCCCGCACUGCGGCCGGCGGCACCAGGUUUGCUCCCCUGCCUGAUACCAGCCAAGGAGUUUGGCCACUGCUGGGAUAAAAAGGCUGAACUAAGCGAAUCUGUAACCUGAGUGCUGAUCCAGAUGUUGCUGCGUGAUACCGAAAACGUGCUGUGAUGACCUCCUUUGCGAACGUACCAGGUCAUAGAGCUUGAGGCAUUGAUCCAAGGGAGUAGGAAGUUGAGCUGUUGCUGGAUGUUCUUUAUAAUGUAGCUGCAUCUGAAGAGAUCCCCAGCGGCUUUGUGUCAUGCUGACCAACAACAUGGGACAUUGUUUCGUGGGACGGGGAGCCAUGAUUCCAAGGAAGCUGAAGCCGUUUCUCUGCAGGAUGUUGUCGGGUUACAAACCCAAAAACAACGUCCAGGACUCUUACAAGAUUCUGGAGCUCGAGGAAGGAUGCUCCCUCGAUGACGUCAGAAACUCCUAUCACAGCCUUGCCAAAAAAUACCACCCGGACAGCAGCUCCGGCGUGGCCGAUUCCAAGGCCUUCAUAAGGGUGGAGGAGGCCUACAGGGUUGUGCUCAACGACCUGGGAGCCAAACAGAAGUCAGACCCGGGCGAGGAGGAGGAAGACCAGUUCAAAUCCAAGUCCCUGCAGCACAGACACUACCUGAGCUUCGAGGGCGUGGGCAUCGGCACGCCGAGCCAGCGGGAGAAGCAGUACAUGCAGUUCCGCGUGGACCGCGCCACCGAGCAGGUGCUGGAGUACCGGCAGCAGCGGCUCGAGAGCCGCUACGCCGGCAGCGACCUCAGCAGGGCCAAGGACGUGCGGCAGAGCAAGAAGGUGAAGAUAACUCAGGCGGUGGAACGGCUGGUGGAGGACCUCAUCCAGGAGUCCAUGGCCAAAGGAGACUUCGACAACCUCCGCGGCAAAGGGAAACCGUUGCAGAAGUUCUCGGACAGCCCCCACAUCGACCCCAUGACCCACAACCUGAACAGGAUCCUCAUCGACAACGGGUACCAGCCCGAGUGGAUCCUGCUGCAGAAGGAGAUCCGGGAGACCAUCGAGCGGCUGAGGAAGAGCAUCGUGGCCUCCAGGAGGAAGCUGGGGGAGCCGAUGACGCUGUCGGAGCAGAAGCAGUGGGGUCGGGUCUGCGAGCAGUUCGCAGAAGACAUCAGGAAGCUGAACAAGAGAGUUGACAACUUCAACCUGGUGGUGCCCAUUCUGAGCAGGCAAAUGGUGCAUUUCAGCACGGACAAGGAAAUCCUGCGAGCGCGAAAGACUUACGAGGCUGUGGUGGAAAAGGUUUCUGGUUCAGGCACGAAGGAAAAUGAGGGGGAAGAGGGCAAAAGGUUUGGGUGGAAGUCUUCUCUCUUGAAGUGGUUAAAGCUUGCACCGAAAUAAUUUCGCACUAAUUCCUCUCGUCAAGGUUUUGAAUGCACUUUAUUAAUGAUAGCACUAGAGAAAUUUCAGGUUCACUGAAAAUGUGAAAUCCACACUGUCACGCUGCUUGAAGGAAAUUUGGUUGUGUGAUGAGCACUUUCAUUAUAAAUAAUUGAGUUAUUUUUAAAUGUUAUUAAAUGAAAUGUGCCAGUU